UGCAUCAUCUUGCUGGGAGCCGGGGGUCACAAUCUAAACUCAUUUGUUAAGGAGUUUUGCCUCUAAUUUGUCAACAAAAUUUUAUUCAAAUGUUGCUUCUCCGGUUAGCUCGGCGACGGAGCUUUGAAAAUGUGAGCAAAGGUGUGCCGGCUCGUGUUUGCACAAGAGAGAAGAGGAUCUCUGGUGUGUUGUUCUAACCCUGAUGGGCUCAGGUUACCUGAGCGAGGGUACGAUGGGGUUUAAUGCCAACGCACAUGCAGCGAUGAUCUUCACAGCAGAGCAGAUAGUUUGCGUCUGUGAGGUUCUGCUGCAGGGCAGUUCCCUGGAUCGCCUCGCUAGCUUCCUCUGCACUCUUCCUCCCUUCUCCUCUCCGUGCCUGGGGGAGCUGGAGAGCGUGCUGAAAGCCAAGGCGGCUGUGGCCUUUCACCAGGGCCGCUUCUCAGACCUCUACGCCCUGCUGGAGGGCUUCCCCUUCUCCCCACGCAGCCACCCGUUCCUGCAGCAGCUCUGGCUGCAGGCCCACUACGCCGAGGCCGAGAGGCAGAGGGGUCGGCCCCUGGGGGCCGUGGGGAAGUAUCGCGUCAGGAGGAAGUUCCCUUUACCCCACACCAUCUGGGACGGAGAGGAGAUCAGUUACUGCUUCAAGGAGAAAUCCCGGAGCAUGCUCAGAGAGUGGUACCUCAGAAAGCCUUAUCCUUCCAGCCAGGAGAAAAGGGAGCUGGCAGCGGCCACCGGCCUCACUUCCACCCAGGUCAGCAACUGGUUCAAGAACCGCCGGCAGAGGGACCGCGGCACCGACAUUACCAGUUUCCAAACUCCACUCGCUGGAGGACCUUCAGGAGGAGUCCACCCGUCUUCUGAGAAUGAUGUUUCUCCUCAAGGCAGCCCGCAGCCUCAGAGACGACGCCCAACACCUCCACGCUUGUGUCAUCCUCCUCUUCCUCUCCACCACAUGUGCCAAGACUGUUAG